ACCUCCCGCGGCGCGCCUGAUGGGGGAAGCAGCUCGACGCCGCGGGCACAAAGCUACGGAGGCCAGGAUAAGGGGCAGAUCACUUCAGUCCUCCGAGGGAUUGGGCUUCAGUUUACCUCUGAUUGCAGAUAUUUGGGAGAGAGAUCAGUUCCCUCAAUCAGAGCUUUGAGAUCUGCCAGUUUUCUAUGAUCUGAAAUCAAUGUUCACCUGCAGUAAGUAGACAGCACCACAUAAGAAAGAUACAGCUUUUACAGUCACUUUGCUUCUAUAUAUUUGUCCGUGCCCUGUCACCACCAGAUCAAGGAGGAAGAUUAACACCUUAAGAUGAGAAAAAUUGAUCUGUGUUUGAGCUCUGAGGGGACUGAAGUGAUUUUAGCUACAUCAAGUGAUGAAAAACACCCACCUGAAAAUAUGAUUGAUGGGAAUCCAGAAACAUUUUGGACCACAACAGGAAUGUUUCCCCAAGAGUUCAUUAUUUGUUUUCACAAACAUGUAAGGAUUGAAAGACUUGUAAUCCAAAGUUACUUUGUGAGGACCUUGAGGAUUGAAAAGACCACAUCUAAAGAGCCAGUUGAUUUUGAGCCAUGGAUUGAAAGAGAUCUAGUCCACACAGAGGGGCAGCUUCAAAAUGAAGAAAUUAUGACACGAGAUGGCCACGCCACUUACUUGAGAUUCAUGAUUAUAUCUGCUUUUGAUCAUUUUGCAUCUGUGCAUAGGGUUUCUGCAGAGGGACUAGCAGUCUCAAAUCUUUCUUAGUAAUUAUAACCAAAUACUCUUGCAUGACUUUUUUUAACAGUGUAUUUAUUUAAACAUGAAGUUGUCAUUGAUAUGCUUUUAUUAAAGGGAUUUGUAUCAA